AUGCUUCUCUCCAAUCUUGAUUUUUACCCAACCUUGAAUUUUCUGGUUCUGACAGUAGUUACUUCUAUUGCCUAUCGUAUAAUUUAUAAUUUAUACUUUCAUCCUCUAGCAAAGUUUCGUGGGCCGUGGUACACAGCUUGCUUCUCUCUUCCUCUAGCAAUUAUUUCGUUGAAAAGAUGGGAGCAUCAAUGGGUAUUUGAUCUGGUCAAGAAGUAUGGAAGGGAUGCACCAAUUCGUGUUGCCCCUGAGAUUCUCCUUUUCCCAAGACCAUCCGCAUUGAAAGAGAUAUAUUGGGAUCGAAGUCUUAACGAAAAGUCUACUUUCUAUGGUACUGGUCUUUUUGGUCCACCAAAUUUAUUCACUUCCCUUUCAUCCGUAGACCAUACACCUUUAAGAAAAGCAUUAGGGGCCGGACCGGCAAAUGCAGGUGAAACAGUUGAUCUUUGUGACAAAGUAGCACAAUUCUCAGCCGAGAUAAUGACCGUCUUCUCGUUUAAUCAACCAUGGGGCUUCGUGAAAGAUAGUCGAGAUGAACGAGGGCUACUUCAUAGCUGGAGAGAAGGCCUUGAUUUCAUUGGUUUCUCGGCCAGAUUCACCUUUUUUCGAAAACACAUUCUCAACCUUCCGGGAGUUGCUUCAUGGGCAUUACCCAAGCCCAGUGUUCAACGUGGUAUGGGACAUUUAAUUCACGAAGCCGACCACGCCAUCACACAGCGCGAAUAUGAAAUAUCUCAAGGCAUAUAUCCAGAGAAACCGGACUUUUUACAACAUUGUCUUGACGCAAGAAUCAACGACGAACCACUUACUCCCCUACAAAAACGGUCUCACGUGACCCUUCUCAUCCAAGCCGGCGCUGACACAACCGGUACUGCCCUCGGCGCCAUAAUCCGGUUCUUAGCUACAACACCUGGUUGCUAUUCUAAAGCAUUAGCCCAAAUACGUGAGGCCGAAGCGAAGAAUUUACUUUCAACGCCGAUCCAGGAUGAAGAAGUACGAGCUCAUCUUCCAUACCUAAUUUGUGCUGUCAAAGAAGGCAUGCGCUUAAAUCCCAGCGUAUCUAACUGGCUUCCGAGAGUUGUUCCGCCAGAGGGGAAGGUUAUCGAUGGAUUCUUUGUGCCAGGGGGGACGGAUAUUACGUGUCAGGCUAUGGUCGUACAAAGGGAUCCAAUUUUGUUCGGCCCCGACCCAGAUGCCUUUAGGCCAGAGCGCUGGAUGGAUGGUAAAGAUGUAGAAUUAGAACAUGGUAUGUUUCUCUUCGGAGUGGGGCCAAGAGGUUGCUUGGGAAAAGAGAUUGCAUUUAUGGAAACAUAUAAGUUGAUUUCCGAGAUCGUCCGACGUUUCGAUAUCGAAGUUCUCAAGGAGGGAAUAUACACUUCCGCAGGUGGAGUGUCAUACAACGAGGAUUUCAUCGUGAAAAUGCAUCCACGCACAGCGGAUUGA